AUGCCCUCCACUCUCGGAUCUACGCUACUACGCCUAGAGAAAAAACGACAACGUGUCCGUUCUAGCCGCCGGGAGGCGAGGUUGAGGUACGGAACGACUGCUGAAACGUCUGCAUGUCCCCCCUAUAUCCGCCUCCCCGUUAUCCCUUCUCGCCUCCGCAAUUCUCCAUCCCGCCUCAACCGCUUCCCCCUCCUACUCCGCAUUGCCCAUUCCUGCCACGACGUCUCCCCUUCCCGCCGUCUCAAUUCACGUUCCCCGCACCCCGUAUCCCCUCAUGGUUUCCCCUUCCCGCACCCCGUAUCCCCUUCCCGCCACCCCAAUUCCCCUUUCCGCCACCACUUUUCCCCUCCCCGUCUCCCGAUUACCCCUUCCAGCCUCCCCGGUUUUCCUUCCCGCCCCGCAAUUCCCCUUUCCGCCUCCCCGUUUCCCCUCCCCGCACCCCGUAUCCCCUUCCCGCCACCCCAAUUCCACUUUCCGCCACCACUUUUCCCCUCCCCGUCUCCCGAUUACCCCUUCCCGCCUCCCCGGUUUUCCUUCCCGCCCAACAAUUCCCCUUUCCGCCUCCCCGUUUCCCCUUCCCGUACCCCGUAUCCCCUUCCCGCCUCCCAAAAUCCCCUCUCCGCCACCCCUUAUCCCCACCUCGUGUCCCCAUUACCCCUUAUCGCCUCCCCGGUUUCCCUUCCCGCCCCGCAAUUCCCCUUUCUGCCUCCCCGUUUCCCAUUCCCGCUCACCGUUUCCUCUUCCCCCAUUCGCGUUCCCCUCCCCGCUCCCCAUUACCCCUCCCCACCUCUCCGUUACCCCUUCCCACCUUCUUCAUUCCCCUUCAAGCUCCCCAUUACCCCUCCCCGCCUCCCGGUUUCUCCUUCUCGCCGCCUCAAUACCGGUUCCAGCCUCCUCGUUUCCCCUAGCCGCCUCCCCGUUUCCCCUUCCCGCUCCCUGUUUCCCCUUCCCGCUCCCCGUUUCCCCUUCCCGCUCCCCGUUUCCCCUUCCCGCUCCCCGUUUCCCCUUCCCGCUCCCCGUUUCCCCUUCCCGCUCCCCGUUUCCCCUUCCCACCUCCCCGUUUCCCCUUCCCGCUCCCCGUUUCCCCUGCCCGCUCCCCGUUUCCCCUUCCCGCUCCCCGUUUCCCCUUCCCGCUCCCUGUUUCCCCUACACGCUCCCCGUUUCCCCUUCCCGCUCCCCGUUUCCCCUUCCCGCUCCCCGUUUCCCCUUCCCACCUCCCCGUUUCCCCUUCCCGCUCCCCGUUUCCCCUUCCCGCUCCCCGUUUCCCCUUCCCGCUCCCCGUUUCCCCUUCCCGCUCCCCGUUUCCCCUACCCGCUCCCUGUUUCCCCUACCCGCUCCCCGUUUCCCCUUCCCGCUCCCCGUUUCCCCUUCCCACCUCCCCGUUUCCCCUUCCCACCUCCCCGUUUCCCCCUCUUGGCUCCUAAUUUCCCUCAUUGCCUCCCGUCUAUCCCCACCCAACCCACCCAUCUCCAUUUCCCCUCUGUCCUGAUUACCCCUUCCCGGCUCCCCGGUUUCCCUCCCCGCCCCGCAUUUCCCCUAUCCGCCACCGCGAUUCCCAUUCCCGCAGCAAGUACCCCCUUCACACAUUAUAAUUUCCCCUUCCCGCAGCCCAUUACCCCUUCCCACCUCCCCGUUCCACCUUCCCUCUCCCCGUUUCCCUCUCCCUAUCUCCCGCUAAACGCCACCCUAUCUCCCCAGCCAUCCCUCCUAUCUCCAUCUCAAGCCUCGCCAUUCCGUGUGCUAGCCUCCCCAUCUUUCUUUCCCCCGACUCCCUAA